AUGUUGAAAUAUUUACAAGUGGGUUUCAAUUCAUUGAAUGGCGUUCUUCCCAAUUCAAUUGGGAAUCUGUCAUCUACUAUUGAAAACUUUGAAAUAGGAGAUUCGCACAUCAAUGGUCUCAUCCCCACAAGUAUAGGCAACAUGAGUGGACUUACAACCUUUGAAGAAAACAACUUUAGUGGGAGUAUUCCUUCGGAGAUUGGUUCAAUUAAACAACUCCAAGGGCUAUCUCUAUUUAAUAAUAAAUUCGAGGGACAUAUUCCAGAGGCGGUAUGCCAUUUAUCUAAGUUGGUUCAAUUAUUUCUUGAUGGUAAUGAGCUCUCUGGAUUAAUUCCAGAAUACUUAGGAAAUCUUAGCAUGCUACAACAUUUUUAUUUAGGUUCUAAUAAAUUAUCAUCAACAUUUCCGUUGAGACUUUGCAAUAUGAGUGGUCUUCUCUAUCUAGACGUGUCAGAGAAUUCAAUCGAGGGACAAGUUCCAUCAGAUAUUGGAGGACUGAAAGCCAUUGUAGAACUUCAUCUUUCCAAUAACCACUUUUCAGGCAUGAUACCAAGCCAAUUAGGGGAUCUCCAAAACUUGAAGUCUCUUGACUUGUCGAACAAUUCAUUUUCAGGCUCAAUUCCAUUAUCCUUUGCCAACUUUAUAAGCUUGGAAUUCUUGAAUUUGUCUUUAAAUGCAUUGUCAGGUACUAUUCCUAUAUCUUUGGAAAAACUUUCAUCCCUUAGGAGCAUUAAUGUUUCAUUUAAUGGUUUAGAAGGUGUAAUACCCAGUGGUGGUGUGUUUUCAAAUUCCACUCUUCAAUCAUUUCUCGGAAACAAAGGUCUAUGUGGAAUGCACAUAUUGGAGAUUCCUGCUUGUGCUAUCACUACCGGGAAAACAAUCAAAGCUUAA